CACCAUCUCAACCUCCAAACAAAAUUCCAGAAAAAAAAAAGAAAAAAAUUAGGGGAAAAACGAAUUCUCUCUCUCCCGCGCCAAAACCACCGAGGAAAAAAAAAAAACAAACGUCGUCCUCCUCACAUUUUUUUUCUCUCUUUUUUCCCAGCCGAUUUAGCGAAGAUCAAACGACGUUAAUCUGAAAACGGACAGACGCCUGAGAACGGCCAAGGGGAACCAAGUGAAACAAGAAGCCUCAGAGAUGCCUCCCUCGAGGUGCGUUGAAUGUUCCCACGGCCAGCGGAAGCCCGGGCGCGAGAGGAAAGAACCCCGCGCGGGAGGAAGCCAGGAGAAGGGCCAGGGCGGGCGUCCUCCAGCGAAGGAGCCCUUUGUCCUCCUCUCCUUUGUCUGCGAAGUGUGCGUCCAGCGGCACGCCAAGGGCUGUAACUACCGGGGCGCUGCGAAGCAAGAGGGGGAGAGCGUCGGGCGAAAGGUGCACAAGCGAGUGAGGAUCGAGGAGGACGCGACGCGAGGCGAGGCCGGGAGGAGCCCGGAGCCGCAGAAGGCAGCCCUGAGAAGCAAGGGCCAGGACGCGAGGGGAGUCCCGGUCGAGGAGUUCGCGGACCAAGGACACGCUGAUCCUCUAGGAGCAGGGGAGGAGCGUGGUGCCCAAGGCGUUGUGGACUCUCCCGAGGAGCCUCUGCGGAGCGCGGGAGUAAACGCGAUGAUCGAGGAGCGUACAAAUAUCCUAUACGGCAAGCAGAGCGAGGAGGCUUCUGGACUGCAAGUCAAAGGGAAAUCGAGGAAGCUCCCAAAGCGUCAGGGAGAGUCAGCUGAUUCCACCGCGCCGAAAGCUACAUCGUCGGUGGUCCUUACAGCCGAUCGCGACCUGCCGGACCCACCAGAGACAAGCGCCUUGAGGCUGGAGUAUGGAACGAUGCUGACGCUUAUCAAAGACAGUAUUUGUCACAGCCGCGCAGCGAGAAGCCUCCCAAAGUCGCUGUACCUCUCAUCCUCUGAGGGAAGGGUGCAGGUGCUGACGAAGGUCGACCUCCGCCCGGACGUGGCCUUUGGACCUCUGGUGGGACUCCUCGCCGCGGCUCCUGCACCUGGCAAGGAUUCGAAUCAGCCCGGCGCAGGCAACGACCCGGACGCCGAUGGCAGUUCCUGGAUGCACUUCAUCAGGCAGACCCCCGACAAGGCCCUUGCCAAUCUUCGGCUUUGCUUCAUUCGAGGGUCGAUUUACUACCGAGUCAGCCGUCUUGUCCCAAGGCAGGAUAGAUCUACUUAAUCGUUAACUGUAUGA